UGCAGUCCCACUCUCUCGCUUUGGUCGUUACUCCAACUGCAACAUCUUGAAAUUAUCUAGAAACAACAUAAGCGCUUCCACUCUUAAGAUCUCUGACGUCACCAUGUUGAUUUAAAACUUCCACUCUUUUUUAAUUCACACACACGCGUGCCCGACGUCACUUAACGGGAAACCCCCAGACAAUAUCCCUCGUCGACUCAUAAUCCAGUCACUGGUCGUCUGCUGUUUCCGCGCCAAGGACUCCGAGGGUAUAUUAGGUCAAAUUCUUUCCUGAAAUUCGUCACAACCUUCUUCAUCUCGACACAUUUAAGAUUAAAACUCGAGUCUUCUGGACAUCUGGUUAUACCGAACAGUGCAGGCGAGAUCUCAUCAUAAUUCUGUACAUGACCGAGCGUACCUUUUGGACUUUUAAGCCCCAACCUUUCAAGGCGAAUUUACCAAGACCGACUGGACUGAGGAAAUAUUUUUUUCACCAGCAACAAUCUGCGAUCGAGUAGCCUCAUUUCCAUUUUUUUAAGCAAGUCAUCUUUUGCAAGGCAACAUCUACCCGUCAACAUGAACCACCACCACGCCGUCAACGUUCUCAUCAACAUGCUUCUUGCUGCGACGCUGUUGCUGUUCAGCCUUACCUUGACGCAGGCUUGCGGUUCGAAGCCAAACGUGAUCGAACAGGUCGCGCCGACGUACGACGACAAGAAAAAUGUGGUGGGAGUACGUGUACGACACCCACGAUUCCGUCGUGGUGUAGCCGUGGAGCAGGAAAUCGGAGAGGAGGACGGGCUCACAACACCGUCAUGGAUCUCGAACACCGAAGUCUUCGCCGAACUCGAUUUGGACCUUGACGGUGAGGUGUCUGUCAUUGAAUGGUCGCUAGAGGGCGGUUCAGUCGGUGACUUCUGGGCAUUGUUGACUAGACACGACAAUAAUGCUGAUGAGCUCAUUUCAAAAGAUGAGUUUGCGCAAGUGCAAGUUCGGAUACAUUUGUAAACUUCACUACAAAAGUGACAUUUUUGUUAACAUCUCGAACAUUUUCAUUUUCACAUCUCAGUCUUUGCUUUGCAUCAUGUUAUGGAAACUUAUGCAUGGAAUACCAUCCUCUUACAUUUUAGACGCCCACACUUCGCCUCGUGGCUACCAGUUAACUUUAAGCGAAACCACAAGGAUAUGACAACCCUUGUAAUAAGUUCAUUUGUAUUAAAGACCGUCAAUACUACUGGGUCAGAAGGAAUUAG